CCGCCGCCAUUGGCUGAGCUGGAGACAGCUGACAGGCGGCGGCUGGGCGUGAGAGCUUCAAACAUGGCGGCCACCACGGCGCUGAUCCUGCCGGAGAGCCCCAGCAUGAAAAAAGCAGUGUCGCUGAUAAAUGCAAUAGACAUAGGAAGAUUUCCACGAUUGCUCACCCGAAUUCUUCAAAAACUUCAUCUGAAGGCUGAGAACAGUUUCAGUGAGGAAGAAGAAGAAAAGCUUCAGGCUGCAUUUUCUCUAGAGAAACAAGAUCUUCACCUAGUUCUUGAAACAAUAUCAUUCAUUUUAGAACAGGCGGUGUAUCACAGCGUGAAGCCAGCGGCUCUGCAGCAGCAGUUAGAGAGCCUUCAUCUCAGACAAGACAAAGCGGAAGCUUUUGGCAAUGCUUGGUCUUCUAUGGGUCAAGAAACAGUUGAAAAAUUCAGACAGAGGAUUCUUGCUCCCCACAAGCUAGAGACGGUCGGAUGGCAGCUUAACCUUCAGAUGGCUCACUCUGCCCAAGCGAAACUAAAAUCUCCUCAAGCCGUGUUACAGCUGGGAGUGAGUGGUGAAGAUUCAAAGAGCAUGGAGAAAGUUCUUGUGGAAUUCAGUCACCAGGAGUUGUUUGAUUUCUAUAACAAGCUGGAGACCAUACAAGCACAGCUGGAUUCCCUGACGUGAUGUUCUCGAAGACUGGUUUCCCCAUCACACUCUUGCCACCUCAUCAUUCCGCCCUGAAGACAGACUGCCAGGUUGUGUUUUCAGAAGGAUUCAGUAGCUUUCUUCUUGUAAAUUACCCGGCUUAUCACUUCUGAGAGAAAUAACCGCCAAGGGAGAUCAUCGUUUCCAGAGCUUCUAGGACACAUCCCCUCGUUCUUUGAACCAGCAGCAAACAGUUGUUAAGAAUACUUUUGCUUUAAAGGAAGCAGCAAUAGGGGUGCUUGGGUGGCUCAUUUGGUUAAGCCUCCGAUUUCCGCUCAGGUCAUGAUCUCACAGUUUGGGAGUUCGAGCCCUGCGUCGGGCUCUCUGCUGACAGCUCAGAGCCUGGAGCCUGCUUUGGGAUUCUGUGUUUCCCUCUCUCUCUGCCACUCCCCUGCUCAUGCUCUGUCCGUCUCUCUCAAAAAUAAAUAAAAACAUUUUUUAAAUUUUAAGGGAAAAAAAAUAAAGGAAACAGCAGUAAAUACCAUACUGUUUUUAUUGUCUUGUUUUUGCUUUAUUGCCUGACCUGUUUAUUUUUUACAUUUUUGAUGACACCUUUAUGUAUCAAGGAGGGUUCGUGGAUAGUCCAUGGAUGCAAAGUAUAAUGUGUACCUCGGAAUACAGAACGCAGCUAUUUAUAUUAACAAAAGCAAGAACAGAACCAAAUGCAAUCAGAUACUUCCUUUUUCCUUGAAUAUAAUGAGUAUGUUUGGUUGGGAAGUAACAUAGGAGAGAAAUUUAAACUACAGCUGGUUGUGGUACAUCAGUUGAUUCCAGUGUGAGCUUCUCUGUGCACUUUAAUUUUUUCUCUGAGUGUAAUGAUUUAAUAAUAGUCUAGGUUUUUGUGCUCUUUGUACUGCAAGUUAAUAAUGACUCACUUCAUAGUAUGGAAGACAGAUUCAGAUCGUAAGUAAAAAUAAUUGUAGUGAGUGUGAAAUAUGGGUAUCCUUAAAAUUUUGAAACAGAUACCUUUGACACUUUAUUUCUGUAAAUAUGUUAAUUAAUUUUAGUCAAUAAAAUUUUUAUCUUUUAGAAUUAGUUGAAGUCCACAGUGUUUCAUGCUUUGACUAUAUAUAAAUGUGAGUAUGGUUGCCUAUAAAAGCAAUACUAUCAGUUGGAUUUUUUAUGAAAUGAAAUAUCUGGAAAUAUCUGUUCUGUGUUGUUUCCAGAGAGACAGAGGGAGAGGAGGAGAGGAGAAAAUGAUAGAGACUUAGAGAUUAAUUUGAGUCAAGCAUGACUUUCUGUAUAAUUAUUUUUUUAAGUUUAUUUAUUUAUUUUGAGAGAGAGCAUGAGCGGGGGAGGGGCAGAGAGAAAGGGAGAGAGAGAAUCCCAAGCAGGCUCCAUGCUGUCAGCCUAGAACUCAUUGUGGGACUCAAACUCACAAACCAUGAGAUCAUGACCUGAGCCGAAGUCAAGAGCCGGACAUUUAACUGACUGAGCCACCCAAGUGCCUGUAAGCACAACUUUGUUCAUAUGAAGGAAUUUGAUUUCAGAAAUGUCCUGUGGCUAAACAAACAGAGCCAUCAGGAUUAAAUGCAUCUGCAUAAUACAAGUGUUGAGGUCUUUCAAAUAAAUGUUCAAUAUAUGGAAUUUAUGCCUUUAUUUAUGUGUGCUAUAAUGUUGCUUAGAAUUGGGAGUUUGGAUUAUGUCAGAAAGUAAUUUAUAGUUGCUGUCCGUAGUUGAUUAAUUUGAAAAGUUUUUUUAACUUUAACUUCCAUUGAUAAGAUAUCAGGAAGACAUAUUUAUAAUAUAAUGGCCUUUAUUUCCAUAUCCAGCUUAUGGGAGCCGCCUUAUUUUUUUAUGCUGUGUUCUGCCAUUUCCAGAGGGAACUACCUGACUGCUUAAACAUUUUGGACUGCCUUUAUGGGAGAGGAGAGCCAGAUGGCAGGAGGUUUCUCUCCUAGACCAAUCAGCAUGUCCACAGGUUUUGCCCCCUCCAGCCACAGCUUGCUUCCAGCUCUCUCCCUACCUGAACCAACAGCAGUGCCAGGACGAGCAGCGUGGAGGCUGCGGAUACCCAGGAACUUACCCUUCAUACAGAGUGAGACUCUUCUGACCUCCGAGAGCUGUAUCCGCGAUGCCCAGACAGAACCAUGGUGUAUUGUGCUGUCUGCCCUCGAGACAUGGACACCAGGUGCGCCAUGCCUCCUCGAAACAUCUGGUCACUGGCUGUGGCUUACCUACCUCUCAGAAGGUUGCUUCCUGCUCUCCCAGGAACUGUGGACCAGCUCUGGCCUGGCCCAUCCCACACACUUCUCUUCCAUCCGACAGACUUCAACUCUGCCUUCUUCAACCAGAUCCACGGCAGACCAGAGGAGUUCAGUCUCCACAACGUUUACCGAGGACCUGCUAGUUGCCAGGCCUUGGGGCAGACACAGAAGACAUGAUCCCAGACAAGACAGGCUGGCUCCUCCAGCAGCUUUUGUUCUGAAACAGGAUAGCAGUUUUGGGGAAUGCAUUCAUUUUCAACUGCAGAAGAAAGAAUGGCUCCAGAGAACUACAACGUUAUGCUGAGCCAAAUUAGCAGUGAAAUUGAAGAGCAGGAUAAAAUGACUGACAUGCAAGAAUUCAGCCCCCACAGAUCCUCUCUGAGAAGAUACACUUGAGUGUUUCUAGCAAGAAGAAAAGCAACCCUAAGAAAGUGAUCAAGUCACAGGAAGGUGGUACCUUGCAUCCUAUGGGGACGGAGACUGAAUACUUCAGUUUCAGAACAGGACGAGGUUCAUGUGACAGAAGGAAGUGCCCAUGAAUCAGCUGUCCAGACUCCUUUUAGGUGAACCGGAACCCCCACAGCCACAGCCUCUCAAGUGGAGAUUUUAAAGCAGUAACGUCCAAGCGCUCAGACAGGAUGCUCUUCAACCACGGAAUUCUCGAGUGACCUUUCCGUAGGAAUCACAUGCAAAUGUCCCAGUGGAAGGUCGUGAUUGGUCUUCAAAGGUCAUCUCCAUUCAUCUAAAUGGUUGUCUUCACAAAAGAAGGAAGUUCAGGACCCAGCCCAGGAUCUGGCUCAACGCAAGUUCUCCGCAGAUGCCCGCUUAAUUUCUGGACUGCCGUAGAAGUACAGAGUGGGUUGAAAACUUGCAGAAGGAUCAGAGUUUGUGGGGAUGGUCUCUGGACUUGACCAAGCACCUUCUAGUGGCAGUGAACGAUGGGGUUCUUGAGCAAACGGCUAGGAAAGAAUUCUUGAGAUGUCUUUGGUGCAAAAAGGUGAUUUUAUUAAAGUACGGGGACAGGACCUGUGGGCAGAGAGAGCUGCACCGGGGUUGUGAGGAGUGACUGACUAUGUACCUUUAAGUUUCUGGGGGUGAGGGAGAGCAUUAAGUCUCUACGGAGUUUGAAAGCAAGGCUUUCAGGACCUUGAGGGGCUAGCUGCUGUUAAGAUAAGGUUACUUUUAGUCUUUAAUGAAACAGAAACAUGAAGGAAGUAAGACGGCCAUGAAUUGCUUGAGCAAGGUCACUCUCUGCAUGUUUCAGGUGUCUAUCAGCGGGCUGCAAGCUGUAGGGAGAUUUAAUUUCAGCUACAUUUCUCUUGCCUGUGUUUCCCUCAUCAGCGAACACAACACACAAGGAUGAGAAUGAAUGUACCGCGCUGGGAUUGCUGUUUCUUCCACAGGUGGGGGUGAGGAACACGGAAGUUCACCCCCCUCUUGCGUUGGCAAGCUCUGAACGUGGCCCAGGGCGGCAGGUUCUGCCAAGUCCUGGCCCCAGUGUGCACACAGCUCUCGGCACAGGGAACCCACUUCUCCCGCGGGUCACCCGCGGCGUCAAGGUGAUGAGAGACGGAAGCAGGUUCCAUUUCCCCUCCUGGUUCCAGAUGUCAUGUGACCCUCCCCUCACCCCUGCAGGCUCUAGUUCAUUCUUGCUGUCACCUGCAUCCGGCUUUCUUCUCCACGGAUGGCUGACCUAUAGUAACUGCACCUGGAGGUUGAGACACAGAAGCAGCAGCCUGCAGGGACUGCAUGGCCAGCAUAGCCUGUGGUCUCCAUUGCAGAAGGUCUAGCCCCUGUAAACGCUACAAAUCCUUCCUUGGUAAAUGACCCCCAGAGGUUCUCCUUCUCUGAUCAGACCCCACCUGAUCCGGUGGGUACAGCUGAUCACACAUGCAGACCCUCACAAUUGCAGGUACAGUGGUAGCCACGCCUCGCGUCUGAGAGUUCACGUGCAACGAGGCAGCAUGGACCCUGCCAAUCCCCAUCUCAGAGGCUGUGGCGCCCACCAUGCCUUUUCUCUCCUGGGCUAUUGAGGUUGGGACUGGGGUUGACGCAGAGGUGGUGGGACUUGUGCACGUGACCACAAUUGGAGGAAGAGCGUGCUCAAAGGGAAGUGGACAGGAUGAAGGUUGCCAUGCAAAAGCUUGCCGUGACCGGCGGCGAGAGGGGCAGCGCUUUCGUUUUGGGACAGCAGGUUGUUGCCUGGUGUCUGUGAACUGGUAGUGGGGAGGUAUCCCAGGGAAUCCCAUGCUGCAGAUUCUGAGGGAUGCAUUUGCCUUCAAAGCAGCAACAGCAGCUGUACCCGGUCCUUGCAUGGUGCUGCGCAGGGGCCAGCUGGGGCCGCAAGCGUUUACAUAGGAGUGGCCCCUUGGGAGGCAGCACUGGAGAGUGGGGCCGAUCACAGCCCUCCGGAGCAGCUAGGCUGCAUGGAUCCGAGGCAGGCUGAGAAAAGGAAAAACAUCCAAAAAUGGAAGUAAAAUAUGCAACCAUGUAUAUGUUCACAGGAGGAAAACAUAGGGACGGGGAGAAAGGAAAGAAGUGGAAACAGUGAACCUCCCAAAACGCCCUGUUAUGGAAAGAUAAAAUGAAACCUCCUGUCUGUCACCAGAAUGCCAUAAUUUUAUCAUUCUUCCCACGCAAUGCUGUGCUAUUUUGGGUUCCGGGGUUCCCCCCCCCCUCUGUGUGCCCAAGAUGUCUGAGAAACAAACGUGUAAGAAAAUGUUUUAUUCUCCCCAGCAAGGGAUGGAGAAUUCAUUACAGGAAGCGCAUCUCCGAGCUGCCUCCUCCGUGUCAUCAUGCUCUGCCCUGCAGAAGAUUUCAUCUGCGAGCAGAAGCCUAAUGAAUUUGCCCACUGUGGUCCUGUGCCCAGAAACUGAAAUCCUGUUGCGCUUCACUGGUGGGAUCCUUUUCCUCAGCCACGGAGCCAAGCAGAACGGAAAAGAUGGCCAGCCUCCCUUUUGCAAAGACAAUGCGUCUCCCCUCCCCCUUACACACCAUGCCAGUGAUUUCUACAUUCUGCUGGGUCUAAUUUCCUUUGUAAAAGGAAAAAGGAAAAAAAAAAAACCCACAACAAGACAAAACAAAACAAAAGAAAGAAACUUGGAACUCUUUUGAGGACAAGGAAGGAGAAGCUGGAGGAAGGGGAAGCAUUUGAUGUCACCUGAUUACCAUCUGUUCACCAAGUUAGAUAUUACAUCAAAGGAAAAAUCGAGAGCCUGUAUAAACCAGGACGCUGAUGGUCGUCCUUGUACGUGUUGUGCCUCCCUUCUUGGCCUUUCCAGCCAGGCUUCCUCUGUCUCAGGACGGCUAUGGCCUUCAUCACCUGUGCACCUCUUCCCACUCUGGAUGAGCUCAGAGCUGCAGGCUGGGCCCCAGGAAGGUACUGGGCAGGGUCCCCUCCACACCUCCGUGGUCGGGGCAAGCUUUCCUUGGUGGAGGUCACUCUGCCUAGAGCCCGGAGGCUGGGACAGCCCUGUACAGAGCCCACCGGAGGCUGUGUUGUUUCCAGAAUGGUAUUUUCAGCAGCAGAGCAAGCCAGGAAACUUAAGGAAAGAAGCUGCCAUUCAUCUCCAGCAGGACACAGGACAGGGCAGUAGACUGGUCACCAGCCAGCCCGAACAGCCAUCUGCUAAGAUCAAGUCAUUUCUCCUCGGAACACGAUGACACUUCAGCCUAAGAAGGGAACUGAGCCAGUUUGGGACCUCGGCUUGGGCCCGUUCCAGCUCUGAUAAUAAAAAGUUAUGUUUUCCUCAGAGGAGUCCGUAGUGACAGGGAAAGGACUACUGCCAGGUGCCCUCAGACCUCCCCGUUUCUCCUUCCACCCCCAGACAGAUGCUCUUAUAUCCUGCCAUUUAUAUGCUAUUCUGUGAAAGAGUCAAACCAAAGUGAGCCCUACAGUGCUUGGAAGAUUUAUUUUGCGAUAUAAAAUGCACCUCCUCUCUGUAAACCACACGACUCUCCUUUAACUCUUUACCUGGAUGUUUCGCCAUUUCUGUGCAAGCUGGGUGUUUCUCUGUCGCUUCUAAGACCGCAUCAUGUCUACCCAGAGAUCUCUGAUCAGUCCACUUUUUCCAAGUUCAUCCAUUCUUAAAGUUGAGCACAAAUGCUAUCUCCUCUAUGAGGCCUUGGCUGAGAUCCCAGAGUUCCUGCUUCCCACCCAAGGUGAUCUUCUUUCUAGAUUCCCCUAGAAUUCCCCUAUUUAUGGCAGACUAAAUUUUAAGGAUCCCAUUCAUUUCUGCAUCACUUAAUGGUUGUCUAAGUACAUAGUACAGUGGUUAAGUAGGUGGAUUCUGGAGGCAGAUUUUCUGGGUGCACAGCUGGGCUUACGUAUUCACUGUGUGACCUGGGGCAAAUUAUUUAACCUGUGUACCAGUUUGUAAGAUGAGGAUAAUAUAACUAUCACGUAUGACUGUUGUACAAAUUAAAUGAGCAAAUCUCUGCUGAGUGUGUAGAACUGGGACUAGCAAGGCCCAGCAAAGUUGGUUGUGUUUAUUAAUAUGAUUUAUUAUUAUUAUUUUUUCCUUUAAGUUUCCUGAUGGCAGGGGUCCAUCUUGUCUAACCUUCUACUCUACCACAGUGUUUUGCAUAUUGAUACACGUUUAUUUACUUUGAGUAUCGAUGCACAUUUAUUUAUAAAUAAAUAGAUGUCCAAUGAA